AUGGUUUCCUUCAUCCUCUGCCUGCUCCCUGCUCUCCUAGCUACAAGUGCACAAGCACAAACCGUGACAUGCCACCAGUGCUCCGGCUCCGCAGAAUCCUGCCUGCCUGCAGAUGGGACCUGCUCAGUAGGCACAGCUAAAGGCGGCUGCUUUACGAUGGCAGAAGAAAAUACAUUGCAUGGGACAAAGACCACUCUCUUCUCCAAAGGCUGUCUAAGUGAUUAUAAUAGUGGCAUAAAAGUCCCCAUCACUUUUACUGGUGGGAAUGGCAAGUAUCUGAAGAUCAACACCACACGAUGCAACGACGCAGAUAACUGUAACUCGGCUCUACUGGAAGUGCCCAAGGAGAACACCACCACGAACGGGCGGCAGUGCCCAACCUGCUUGUCUCUGAAUGCCAAUACCUGCGACAGCCAAAUCACCCCUUGUACCGGGAACGAGAUCUAUUGCAUUGAUUUUGUUGGGGAGAUACAGAAAGGUACACCUGCAGUUAAAUCACCAUUUGCUGCAAAAGGCUGCGCUACUGAGUCUGUACAGGGCAUUAAAACUGGAGACACCCUGGUUUCUGCAGGCUACACGUUCACGUUCACAAAGGUGACUGCCAGUCCUGCGGAGAAAACACCCACUUCCACCAAACCACCUACCACCACCAAACCAACCCAGGCCACCACCAGUGGAGCCAGCCCGGCUCUGGGGAAAUUCUCCUUUGCCCUCGGCCUGACUGGGCUGCUGCUGGUGAAGCUGCUCUCCUGA